UGCAUCCUGACCACCAGCUAGGAGCACUUUGUCAUAAUACUAUCACCACUGCUCACUCACAUGCCCUCCUCACCAUAGCCCCCAUUCUGUAGCUCUUCCCAAUCUUGCAUUACUUGUUGUUCAGCUCUUCUUCUUUUUCUUCGACUGCUAAACACUAUGGAGUGGCCACGAAGAAGGGUGGAGCUAGCUUCAGGAGUGUUGUUUUGACGAGAUUCUGUGCAUGAAGGUGUUUGGAGUUUCAUGGGAGCAUUGUUGGUAGCAGUAGUGUGUCUCUGGUGAUUCGUGCACUGGAUUUCGAAGGAUCAAUGCCAUUGUUCGCUGGAAAGUCGAAGUAUAUAUGGUCCAGAUCUUAGAUCAUGGUGCGUGUCCUUCUUAUGACCUCAUCGACCUUUGGAUUCGAGCCUUUCCAGAGGAUUCAUCGUUCUAGAGGCGACACUGCAGUCUUGAUUGGGAAAGUGACAUCUUCCCAUGAACUUCCCCAUGCCAAAUCAAAAUGCGUCGAGAUGAAAAUCUGAGGGGAGGAAUAGUUGCAAAUCUGGUUUUGACGUUGCUGUGUCUAGGGUUUAGUCAAGCCACUGUUGUGUUGCGAGGUGGCGGUUUGGCGUACCUCGACAAGGUGCCCUUAAACGCCCAACCACUGUAUGUGGUGAGAGUAUCCUUGGCGGAAGGUGAUGGCACAACUGAUGGACAUGACAGAAAAUUAAGCGGUGGAGCAGUGGCUGGGAUUGUCGUGGGUUCCAUUUUUGGAAUAGCCUCUGCUGCCUCUCUCAUCUGUUGCCUAAGCAGAACAAAAUGCAGUUCUUCUAAUGAAGAGAAGCCUGGGACCACUUCAGAAUCAAAAACAAAAAAGUCGAGCAGGUGGAGCUUCUUUCGCAAGUCAAAAAUUCCUUCGCGAGGAAAGGCAGUUCCACCGCCCAAACUCGGGACUGACAAACCAGACCCUGACGAUAACUUAGACACUUCGUUUGUCUUACCUGAGCUAGGAGGCCCUAAUCCUCACAAUAAGUUCGAUGGUAUGGAGUGGAUCGACAUAAAGGGCCUUGAUGAUGAGACGCUUAUUGACAUCAGUACAGAUCUUCGCAAGUACCAACAACGGAGAUAAGUAUCAGUCGUCAUCUCAUGACUUCCCCAUCUUAGAGUUGGUGCUUCUAAUGGCAGGAGUGAAUCGUGAAUUCAUGACCUCCACACAAAAAGCAGUCAUCUGUGCUGGUUCGACUGUAAAUCAUUAGUUAUCAGCCUUCCAAGAACAUUAUACAACACCUCGUGAAAAUGCCGUGUCUUUAUUUUUAGUUUUGAAACUACUGUACACUGCUGUAUGUGUUGUACUCCUGGAUUCACGUUCAUUUAGGUGACACUUAUUGCCAUCCUGUGGUUCCUUGGAUCAUCCUCAAGCAAUGUAUUCCGAUUUGAAGGUGCAGACCAUCAAAAUAGUUCUCCAAUACUGCAUCGAUUUAUUUGCAGCGAGUUGAAGAUUUGCCGGACCCCCGCAGUGAUGCGUGUGCUUCGACGUCCCUUUUCUUCACUUCACGUCAAUUUGCUUCUGUGAAGUUAAGCCGUGUUUUAAACCUCAAUUCCCAAGAGUCCUGAAGUCACAAUGUUUGGUCAAUGUUGUGUGAGAUUUCGAACUCUGGAAUGAGUUACUCAUAGUAACUCUAGCACUAUCGUACAACACUUCUUCAGGAACACUUUUAAGUACUAUACCACAGUUAUAUUCUUGUAUACUAAACUGGUAACAAACAUAUGGACAUAAAAUAGUCUUGAAAUGGGGAAAGCAUUUAAACUUUCUCCAAUGUUUGUAAGUUUCUACUUAUUAAUCUAGCCUUCUAAGAUGCCCAGAGUA